AUGGCGGCUUGCGACCCCGAGGCCGAGGGUGGCGCGGAGGACGAGACCGAGGAUGCCGUCGACGGUACGGCCGAGGCGCCCCGCGCCGGGGAGGGCGAGACGUUGAGCAGCCAGGAGCAGCUGUUGCAGAUGCUGCGCCGCUCGCGGCUCUGCGAGGAGUCGCGGCGCCAGCAGGACAGGCAACACGCCUUUUGGGACACGCAGCCAGUGCCCUCCAUGAGCUCCGAGUACUCUUCGGAGGCUGGUCCCAUCGACGAGCUGAAGAAGCCCGACGACGUCCGGGACGAUCCGUACCCGCUGCCCGCCCAGUUCGAGUGGUGCACGAGCAACGUCGACAGCGACCAGGAGAUGCAAGAG